UGGAUAUUAUUUUUUUCUUUCUCUGGGAAAUGUUUUGUUUUCUUCUGUUGGAGAUUCUGCAAUAGGACAAUGGGAAUGGAUAAUUUUGGGGUGAUUUGCUUCCUCUGUGACACAGAACAAGAUGUACAACAAUACUGUAUCGGCUGUGGAGUUUGCAUGGGGAAGUACUUCUGCGGAGAAUGCAAAUUCUUUGAUGACAAUGUUUUGAAAGAACAAUACCACUGUGAUGAAUGCGGAAUAUGCAGAGCUGAAGGCAAGGAAAACUUUUUCCAUUGCAACAAAUGUGGUUGUUGCUAUUCUAAAUUGAAGAAGGAUACACAUCAUUGUGUGCAGAGAGCAAUGCACCAUAAUUGCGCCGUUUGCUUGGAGGUAUUCUUGCCCAGUUUGUCAAAGUCCAUUGCCAAUAUGACACCACUCUGGAAAAAGCUUUAUCAAGAGAUUGCUUCAACACCAGUGCCUGCAAUAUUCCAAAAUAAGAUGAGCAAAUUCCCAUGUAUAUUUCCAUCCUACAGCGCACAAAUGCCUGACUUGCAACUCCUACAAUACGAGACAAUUAGUGAUCUUAAUAUGCUAUAUUACCGCAAUAACCCUAACCAAAAAAUCAUCCCUCCCCACUUCAAUGAGAGGGAUUUUUACUACAACACACGAAAUGGAAGCAAGUUUUGGGUGUAAGAAACAGGAAUGCAAAGACUUUACCCCAAAAAAAAAAAACAGAAAUGCAAAGUGCAGCCUUUUUUUUUUUUUUUUGUUUUUUUCUCCUGAAAUAAAUAAUCAGAGAGCAUUAAUAUAUUAUCUUGUCCUUU